AUGCAAGCCGACAUCCUGAGGAAACUCCAUGAGCCCCAUCAAGGCACAGAAAAGACUAGACUCCRCGCAAGAGCCUCCGUCUACUGGAGGGGUAUGAACAAGGACAUUGAGGAGGUAACAAAGUCAUGUGUCACAUGCCAGGAGUUACAGGACAGCCAACGAAAGGAACCAUUAAACCCAGCCGAAACUCCACCUAGAGCGUGGCAUACAGUUGGAACAGAUUUAUUCCAACUUGACGGGUCAGACUACCUCCUGAUAGCUGACUACUACUCAAAGUACAAUUUUGUCAGGAAGAUACCAAAGGGACAAAGCACCAGUAGGACAGUAGUCUUACUCCUAAAACAGAUCUUCAGCGAGCAAGGUAUUCCCCGAGUCGUGAGAUCUGACAAUGGGCCCCAGUACGAUGGUCAAUCCUUCAGAGAUUUUGCAGAGGAAUACGGAUUUCGACAUAUCACAAGUUCCCCUAAUUUUCCGCAAAGCAACGGAUUCAUAGAGUCACAAGUGAAGAUCGUAAAGGCCACCCUCAAGAAAGCACAACAGGCCAAGACUGACCCGUACAUGGCACUGCUUUGUCUGAGAACCACACCCAUAGGCAACAAAUUGCCGACACCGGCUGAACUUCUCCUUGGACGACCCAUACAAGACAACCUUCCAAGAAAGAUCCAAAGAGAUAACACGAGUGACGAAAUAAUCGAAAGGCUUCAACAUAGACAGCAACAACAGAAACAUUAUUAUGACAGRGGGUCCAGACCGCUUCCAGAGCUCCACGCYGGUCAACACGUCAACAUUCAGGAACCUACCACCCUCAAGUGGACACCUGCUGUAGUAAAAGAAAACAUUCCGAGUCUUCCUCGAUCAUACACGGUAACAACGUCUGAAGGAAGAGACCUGAGACGCAAUCGCCACCACAUAAGAGAAGCACCUCUUCCGUCCAAGCUCGAGGAUAACCAUUCCCAGCAGKAUUCACCAAACGAGAACGUCACAACUCCUCAAGAGGGUCACAACAUCACAAGGAGUGGGCGAACUGUACGACCACCAAUUCGUUACGGAUUCGAAGAAUGUUGA